AACACGCCAAUUUGUACCAGCCGAAGCAUCGGCAUCUUCACCUCGAGCUCGAACACUACAAAAGUCCGAUCCUUUUCGUCGACCGUCAGUCAAUCUUCGGAAUCUCUCACCGGAACGCUCCAAGUCGUUGAAUAACUUUCCCACCAAAUCAUGCCUCCCAAACAGCUGCUCUCCAACUCACCAUCUCUGGAAAAUUCAGUCUCAUAGCAUCUCCCAUUCACACCUCUCUUGUCUCUCUCUCUCUCUCCUGUCAAUCUGCAAAACUGAUUCCAAAUCACCGGCGCUUCGUCCGUGGCCAGCCCUUUCAAUGGCCUUUAAAUCGACGUCUUCAUCGAAUCGGGACGGCAGAGGCGGAACGGAGCCGAAGAAGAAAGCGAAGAAGACGAUGACGACGUCAGUGAAGCUCUCCAAGACGCCGAGCUUGAAGCAAUCUGCCAGGCGUUCGAAGGCUCGACUCGAUCGCGUUCUGGAUGUGUCGUUCAGCGAUGAGGGUGAUGAUGCCUGCUCAGAACCGCGUCGGAUGGAAGUUUCCGGAACGUCUCCGAAUUUUAUGAAGGACGCGAGCUGUUCUGAUUCGAAGAAGGAGAGUUCUGAGGCAAGUUCUCGUUAUUCUGAAUCCAGCUUUGAUAUGAACAAUUCGAUCAAAAAGGAAUCGGAUUCUUGCAAAUCAGAUAGUGUAUUUUUUGGUUAUGUAAGACCUGUCGGCAACUCUGUAAGAGUGCUUAGUUUGAAAUCCAGUAGGCCGCCGUUAGAAAAGAAAAUAUCCAGAAUCGCUCCAUUUCCAAACUUCGCUGAAUAUUUUGCGCCUCAGCAGGAACGUAACGAAUUCGACAGGGAUUCUGUCAGUUCGUCCGCUUCUGGAUCCGCGACGUCCAGUAUAUCAUCUUCUUCGACUGGAGACAGUGUGAAAAUGAGAGAAACUGAAUUCAGAAAGGUGCUGAAGAAGUCCAGAUCAAGAAGAUUUGGGACUUUCGGGAGGCCUAAAUCCAGAUUGAAUCAGCCUGUUAGUAGUUUUUUAAGCAAUUUGCCAAGGCCUUUGAUCAGUGUAGCUGCUGCAUCACCAAAUUAUUUGAAGGCAACCAGCUGCUCCGAGGGGAAGAAGAUGCGUUCACAGGAAAAUCUCAACGAUUCUGAAUCUAGUGUCGGGAGCACUGAUGGAACUAGGAGGUAUUCUCUUAACUCACAAUCAAAUUCUGGACCCUCUAGUUUGAAGUCUAUGCAAACUUUUAGAAGGACAUCUAGUUUGAGGACCUUAAGAAUCGCGAUAAACAAGUCUAGUUCCAAAUCCAAGAGGUCCUUUCUGAAGAAAUCCUCCCAAGUUGCUCAAGACCAGAGUGUAAAUAGAGCAACAUGCUCAUCUGCUCUGAAGGAUGCGAAGUUUCCCCACCGCGUUGGGCUUCAUCCAGGAGAAAUGGAAUCUGAAACAAUUUCAGGCAUGAAGAUUUGCAAGUACAACUACUGUUCCCUCCAUGGUCAUCACCAUUCUUCUCCAACCCCACUGAAACGCUUAUUAUCAAGGAGGCGGCGUCUACAACAGACACGGAAGAGCAUGAAACUGAGAAGUCACCCAGCAGGAUGUCCUGAUCAUAUGAUUGGAGAAAUUGAAACAAGACCAAUGGAUGCCAAUGCUGACCCUGAACUUCAAGAUAUAGAAAGUGCUAGUACAGUUACUUUUCCUGCAGGGAAAGAGGAAGCUUCUGAUUCAUCCGCAGAGAUCUAUAGCAAAGCAAGAGUGGGAGUUUUUGGCGGAGAAAGUGCAGGAAAUGAGGAUGCCAAUAUUGCAGAGGUCCUUUCUGGUGAGACAUCAUACCCUCAGAAAGGGGUUCUAGAGAAUCUCAACCAAGAGAGAAGUGUGACUGUUUCUGAGCAAGAUAUUCAUGGUACAUUUUCUGAAUGCUGUCCCAUUGAAUCCAGUUCAUCACCUCAUUCCUUGAAUCCAGAUAAUAGUGCCACAGCUUGUUAUGAUGAAGAUCCAAGUUUGAACUUGGGUUUCCAUGAAUUGGAGAAUGCUAAUUCCACUGGUAUAUCUGGUGAGUCAUCAAUUACUGUGAGUAGAGCAAUGCCAGAUGAUGUGGGGGAAGCAACUGAAGAUAACAGUGUGAUUUCUUCCACUUCUGUUUCUCAGUCACUGGAGGAAACCUGUGCAGUAAUAAAUGAUAACGUUGAAGCUUUAGCAACAGAUAAUGAACCCUUUGGACGAUUUUCUCCAGUCAGAAAUUCUUUACCCAAUUCCCUGGCUCCUGAAGUAUACAAAUUCCAGCUUCAGAAAAAGAAACAUAUCAGCAUGUGGCACCUGAUACAUCAGCAUAUGGUGUCAGGACUUGAUGCAGGAGUUGGAAAACAGUUACGUGAGGGAACAGGUGAGGAAAAUGUGGAUGGCACCAACAAAUUGCCCGCAGAACAAGCUUCUAGUUUUUCACCAUGUUUCUCUGAUACACAUCAGAAUAUGAGCACUGAGAAUCAUGAUACAGACAAUCAGGAAAUUGAACUCCAGAAGACGCGUGCCAUCAAAAUGGUGCGAGAAGCAAUUGAGAAGAUUCUUCUUCCAGAAGUUCAAGACCAGUCAUCUGAUGACCAGGCAACCACUAGUGACAUUACGUCAGACCAAGAGCUUUUAGAGAAGAAUCACAAUGAAGGUGGCAAGCAAAGCAUCUCAAAUAAGAUCUCAGGUCCACAACAAGAUGAAAUGACAGCAAAGGAGGGAGACAAUGCCGACAAGAGAGCACCCAAGAGGUGGAGUAAUCUAAAGAAAUUGAUCAUUCUUAAGAGAUUCAUCAAAGAACUGGGGAAAGUGAGAAAUUUCAACCUUCAGAAGCCGCAACACCUACCUUUAGAGCAUGACCAAGAAGCAGAAAAGGUGUCUCUGAGGCAUCAAGCCAUUGACAAGAAGAAAAGUGCUGAGGAGUGGAUGCUUGAUUUUGCACUUCAACAGGUAGUCAGUGAACUAGCUCCAACUCAGAAAAGAAAGGUAGCAUUGCUUAUAAAGGCCUUUGAAACAGUGGUUCCACCAUCCGAUGAGCAACAGAUUCAGGUAACAUUUCCAAAGAUCAAAGUUAUUAAACAUGAAUGCUGUCGCAUCGGAAGUGGAACGGGUGACCGUGUAUCUGACGCUAGUUACAGAGACACAAAAGUUGAAUGCAUUGGUAAAUCCAACACUGAUCAUUGGGAGAAAAAUUCCUUCAUCAAUAAUAAGCAAUCUGAUAUGUCAGUGGAUGAAAAAGCUGAAGAAGAAAUACAAGAGGAUGGGUCAAAUAGGUCUGCAUUUGGACAAACUAUGGGAGUCAAUGAUUUAAGUGGGGUAACUGGUAAGCCAUCGUACACAAGCCAAAUUGAUGACAGCAAGGAAGAAUGUAUAGCCAUUGACAAUAUUGAUUCCUCAGCUUCAAGCACUGGCCCAUUUGAGAAACUUACUGUGUCUAGAGUUCAGUGUGGAGAUUCUGAUUCAGAGGUUUGCAAAGAAAAUGAUACUGAACCUAAUAAUGAAAAAUUGGAGGUUGAUAACCUAACUAGUGUGACAGCUGGAGCGUCCAGUACAACAAAAUGUCCAACUUCAGAUGAUCUGGUUGAACCAGCAGCAAAUAACACUCUGAUAUUAGAAGAACUCAAUGGGGACAGUAAGAACAAUGAUGGAGAGCCCGAACUAGGCUGUGAAUCAGUUGAAAGAUUGCCCCCAGAUGCAGAUGAUGCAGAUUCUGAACAUGAUAUAAAAGGUCAUGAAGCAUACGAAACCAACUUCCAUAAGGAGAACCAUAUCAGCAUGUGGCACCUCAUCCAUCAGCAUCUGAUAGCAGGCCUUGAUUCAGAAAAUGAAGGGUGCAUGGGCAAUGCCAAGACAUUGUCUGCAACAGAUGGUUCUACUUUAGACUGCCAUACUCAAUUUCCAGAUGAAGAGACAGAGUAUCAUGACAUGGGCAGUCAAGAGGUUGAAAUCCACAAGACUUUUGCCAUCAAGAUGGUGAGAGAAGCAAUUGAAAAAAUUCUUCUCCCAGAAGUUCAAGAUCAGUUGUCUGAUGAUCAAUCAACUAUAAGUGAAAUCAUGGCGGACCAAGGGCUGAUGGAAAAGAGCAGUAGUGAAAGUGGGGAACCAAGCAUCUCAAGUUCCAUAGACUCUGCUAGAGAUAGUUCCGUGGAAUUCAGCAGCAGUGAGGUGAGAUGUGAUAUGUCAUUAAAUCAAGAAGUAACAAGGCUCCCUACUGCUACUGUCUCAGAGUCAGAAGAUGAUAAAGCAUCACCAAAAGUACAAAACAAGUCUGAGAAGCAAACACCCAAGGGCUGGAGUUAUCUGAAAAAGGCAAUCCUCCUUAAUAGAUUCAUCAAGGAACUGGAAAAGGUCAAGAAGUUGAACCCAAUAGAGCCAAGCCAUCUGCCAUCAGAACCUGGUCCACAAGUAGAAAAGGUUUGCUUGAAGCGUCAAAUAUUAGAGACGAAAAGCACAGAGGGGUGGAUGCUUGAUUAUGCACUUCAGAAGGCAGUCAGUGAACUAGCUCCAAAGCAGAAAAGGAAAGUGGCAUUGCUUGUCAAAGCAUUUGAAACAGUGCUUCCCCCAUUUGAAGAACCAAAUAUUCAGGUGGCUGUGAAUGAAGAAGCUCAGGGAGAAGUGCCAAAAGAUGCAGCUGAGUUGAAACAAGGUUCUGAACUGACUGUUAUAAAUGAAAAAAUGGAUGGUUUAACCGGAGGCACGACCCCUGAUGGAACUAGGGAAUCAACUAGAAGUUAUAAAAUUGCUUCACCACCUCCUAAUGGUGAACCGAUGGGGCAACUAAAAGGUGCCAAGGGAAAGAAGAAUGGAGAUUCUGAAACUGAUGUCACAUCUAAAAUAGCACAGAAGACCCAGAUGGGCAGAGAGAAAUAUAUCAGUAUGUGGCAUCUGUUAUGUCAGGAGGUGGUAUCAGGAAUUGUUACAAAAGUUGAAACCCAGUUUCUUGAUGGAGACAAUGAUGAUGAACUAGUCAAUGGAGCCAACACAGCCCCCCAUGAUUACUCCGGAGCAGAUCAUGCUAAGGGCAAGGAAGAUUACACAUCAAGCAGUCAAAAAGUUGUAUUCAGCCAGAAGGAUGCUGCAAAGCUUGUGAAAGAAGCAAUUGAGGAAAUCCUGCCUCCAGAAGAUCAAGAUGACUCUUCUGAUGCUCAAUCAAUUGCUAGUGACAUAAGUCUGGAGCAGGAGGUUAUGGAGAAGAGCCAUUGUCAAGAUGGAGAACCAACCAUGUUCAAUUCCAUUGAUUCUCCAAAUGAUAGCUCCAGAGAAUACGACAACGAGAAAGUAGGUGUUCAUAACACAGUCAAUCCAAAAGAAAAUGGGUCUGCAGCUUGUGAGAAUCCUACCCCCAAUGAACAGAGAGCAGUAUCAGUGGUGGGAAACAAAUCAGACCUGCAAAGGCCAAAGAACUGGAACAAAUUGAAAAAAAUAGUACUCCUGAAAAGAUCCAUUAAGGCACUUGAAAAAGCAAGGAAAUACAAUCUACAGCUUCCACAGAGUCAGCCUAUGGAAUCUGGCCUUCAAGAACAAAGAGUUGAUCCAAGGCAUCAAUUGAAGGAUGAGAGGGAAAAGGCCCGGGAAUGGAUGCUUGAUUAUGCAGUUCAACAUAUUGUCACUAAACUAACUCCAUCUCGCAAAAGAAGAGUGUCGAUGCUAGUGGAAGCUUUUGAAGCAGUUGUUCCACUGCCUGAAAUUUAAGCUUGCAAGGAAUGCAGCAGCUUUCUCUUUGGCAAGGCCUACUUGAUUGUGUCACUGAUAUUGGUUCCUGAGGUAAAAUCAUUCACAAUUUCUCUGACCUAAUUUAUUUAAAGUAUGUUUGGAGCUAGGAUUUGUGGAAGGAAAGGAAAAGCAAGGGAAAAUAAAUAUGCAUUUGUGUCGUGGAGAACUGAGGCUCUUGCUGACUUAAACUAGAAGGGUUUUAUCUCAUUAUCUAAUCACACACUGUAAAUCAGUACGUCUGAAGUGCUUAAAAUAUGGGCCAAUGUGAAGUCAGCAUGCAAGCAAUCUCCAAGAGACAAACUGCAUCUUAGCAGAGCCAUGAAACAUACCAGUUUUUGUUUAGGAUGUUGCCUGAUAGCAAAUCAGUUUGUAGUACAGUUGGAAAAGCUUUAAAAGGUCCACAGUGUGAUAGUAUCUUUCCAAUAAUAUUCAUUAUUUGUGGAACUUUGGUUUGAGGGGGAAAACAUGUAGAGAUGUUUUGUACAUUCCUAUGUAUAAAAGUUUUGUUGUAUAAAGGUUCUUCAGGACAAUAUUAUACAUCAUAAGUGGCAGUUAAAUGCUUGUCUGUUUCUAGGCACUUACAAGGUUCUCUCGUUUGCUGUUUCAAGUGUGUUGUGGUGUGCUUGCUCCAGCUUGGUAUGAAUAGUGUCUGUGGUCACCUCUGUUUUGGUACCGUGAUGGUAUUCAGGGCUUGGUUUCGAAGUUUUAGAUGUUUUGUUGGGAUGUCUUGCUAAUUGGGAAUCAAAUAGAGAGGAGGAUUUGUUGUUGGCGGUAAGGGUUGCCUAUCUGCUUGGGGGUACUGUUGUUUUUUGUCGUUGCUGCAGCUCUUUGUACGGCAGAAUGUUGCUGCAGCUCUUAGCCGUAACACCCUUUUUGUUCUAGCUCUACGAUAAUAUUCUGGUUUUAUGUUACUCAGUGGUGCUCUCUUUCAGAUUGGAUUUGGCUUUUGCUCCUUAUUGUUGACUCUUUGUUACGGCUGUCUCCUAUUUGAUUUUGUCUAUAGUUUCCAUCUGCCUUGGCUGGGGUUUUUGAGGUUGUUCUUAGAUGUCCUCAAUUCGUCGUUUUUUUUUUUUUUUUUUGGCUACGUUAGAAGUUCCUAUUGCUGGAGACAAACUAUGUUGAAUGUUUGAUGCUCUGGUAUAUUAUGGCAGGUUUGUGUAGCUUUUAUUAACUGGUCUGACGCUUGAAGGGCUUGAUGGAUAAACACUAAUUUUAUCAUUUGAGGUUGUUUUGGGAAUGUUUCGACAAACAGUUUCAGGGGUUGAUAGGGCUAUAAAUUCAAGUGUCCCAACCUAUUACAAGUUAAUAUUUUCAUGGGUGUGGCUUCUGGAUUUUUGAACAGUCAUGGUAUCUGGUUAUAAAGGCUCCAAUUUUGGUCGAAUGGUGAUAGCUUUGAUAGAUGAUUUUGUGCUGAUGUCUACACAGUGGUGCAAGCUGGUUUUAAUUGGUUUAUACUUGUUGGGCAUUUUCAAAAUAUAAAGUGUGAGAUUUUUUAAAAUCUUC